ACAGGUUGCAGGAAGCAUUAAGCUUAUGCCGCGAAGGACAAGAUCUGAUAGAAGACGGAAACGUGAAGAUAAGAGACGGACAAGACAAGAUAAAAGAUGGAAACUUCAAACUCAUGCAGGGAUUUGAAAUAAUAGAUGAUGUAAUUGAAGAAUUGCAGAGCCUAUGCCCAGAUAUCAAAACAAUGAAAGCUAAGGAGAUGGUAAAAAGAUUUGCAGGUGUUGCAACUCCCUCAAGGGAGCCAAUGAAUAUCAAAAAAGAUGCAGGUGUUGCAACUCUCUACCGAGGGCAGAAAGGUAUGUUCAUUGGAGAUCUACCUCCUCAAUAUAUUAGCGGCUCAGGCCUGCAAGAUACUACGAUCAUUGCUCGCAAGAAUACUACAGAAUCUUCGAUUCCACAAGAACAGGGAAUUUCCGGAGGAAAAAAACUCCGCAAAAGAAAAAGAGAUUUUAAUACUCAAUCUGAGAAAAAGAUCAGAUCAGAAGCUGAUUAUGAUUUUGAAUACAAAAGGAUGGGAAAGAUAUUUUACGAAUUAAAAACUUCUGAAUUAAUCUUCCCAGAUCAUACGGGUUUAUACCCAACGAUUAAUGUUCUCCAGGGAUGCGAUCCAAUGUUGGUCUUCAACCUUUUUAAAUAUGGAUUUUUAAACCAAGUUUAUUUAAGUCCAUCCCUGGAUGAAAUAAAAUAUUUUCCAAAAAAUAUCAAAGUUGCAGCUUCAGAACUACAACAAGCAACUUCAUCCACGGAGCCUCUGUUUGUCAAUGUUCGGUCAGCAUGUCCAGAGUAUGAAGGCAACAAAUGGCAUCCUCUGAUUUAUAUUGCUCGCAUUGGAGUCUCAACCAAGGAUUAUAAAGUUACGAUGCCUAAAGUUCAGAUCUUUAAAGACUAUCAAGAUGAAAUUUUCUCUCCCAAGGAAAUUUCGAUCAAAAGAUCUCUAGGACUCAAGGUUCUCUAUGAGCACCUAGAGAAACUUAUGAAACAAAAUAUUUGGGUUGUACAAGCGACAACUGUAGACCUGGUAUACACAAGUUGCAGGAAAGAAACCAACUUGAUCAACAAACAGCGGAUCGAGCAGAUCAGAAAACACAUUUUCCUCAAUCUUAUUGGUGGAAGUACAAGAACACACAAAGAGCUAUGCCGUGUGUUGAAACAUAACAGCUCGUGUGAAUAUUGUACAAAGGGCAAAGAAGUAAUAGCAGAAUCAGAAGACGACAAAUCAGACUACUGCAGCCUGUAGAGAUGUAGAGUGGUCCUCAGAAUACUCCCAAGCCGGAAAGGUCAGACGGAAUCUCCUUUUUCAGGGGCCGGGGAUGAUAAUAAUUGUACUACGGUGAACUUUAGCCAGCCAGCCAGCCAGCUGGGAUAAGGUGGGUUAACUCCGAUAAAGCGAUGUUAAUAAUGUAGUAGGGUAGGGUCCAAAGCAGACGGAAAUUGAAGAUCCUUUGUACCGAAACCUGUUUGACGAAGAAAUCAAUCAAAGAAUCUUCUGGC